UUGUAGGGCGCAAAAGAUGCCCUCAUGUCUCUGUAAAUCUAAGCCAUCCACACGGGAAGACCAAUCCCAAUCACCACAACACUUUUAUUUAUUUAUUUUUUAAAGAAGCAAAAAGAAACUGAAGCUAAAACUAAACCCAUUUCUGAAAUCUUCUUAAAAAUCCCUCCUUUAUUCCCAAGUUGCCAUGAUCUGAUCCAGUUUAAGUUCUUUCUCAGAUGGGUUUUAUCUCAAAACCUCAGCUUUUACUCAUUUUGGGCUUAUUUUUCUUUGCUAAUCUUGUUGGAUCUGCUACUGACUACUCUACUUUGGUGUAUAAGGGCUGUGCUCAACAAGUUUUUCAAGAUCCAGCCGGGGUUUAUUCUCAAGCUCUUUCAGCUCUCUUUGGUUCCUUGGUUUCGCAGUCCUCAAAGGUCAAGUUUUUCAAGACCAGUUCUGGGAGUGGCCAGACCUCCAUUAAUGGUGUCUUCCAAUGCAGGGGUGACCUAAGCAACGGUGACUGUUACAGGUGUGUGAGCAAGCUCCCAACUUUAUCAGACACGCUGUGCGGUAAAACUGUAGCUGCAAGAGUUCAACUUCUGGGGUGUUAUAUGCUUUAUGAAGUUAAUGGGUUUGCUCAGGUUUCAGGGAUGGAACUGUUGUACAAGACUUGUGGGGCAACAAAUGUGAGGGGAAGUGGGUUUGAAGAGAGGAGGGAUGCAGCUCUUCAAAUGAUGGAAAAUGGUGUGGUUACUGGCCAUGGAUUUUAUACUAGUAGCUAUCAAUCUGUGUAUUUGUUGGCUCAAUGUCAAGGUGAUUUGGGGGACUCAGAUUGUGGUGAAUGUGUGACAACUGCAGUUCAAAAGGGUCAAGUUGAGUGUGGGAGCUCUAUUUCAGGCCAAAUUUAUCUGCAGAAAUGCUUUAUUAGUUAUGGUUAUUAUCCUAAUGGAGUCCCAAGGAGACAGUCUUCUUCAUCUACAUCAUCAUCAUCUUCUUCCUCUUCAGAUUCAUCAGGGCCAGGGCCAAACGCAGGAAAGACUGUGGCUAUUAUAUUAGGAGGGGCGGCAGGAGUUGGAUUUGUAGUUAUUUGUCUGAUGUUUGCUAGAAAUUUGAUGAAGAAACAUGAUGAUUAUUGAGGAAAUAAAACAGGCAGAGAGAGAGAGAGAGAGAGAAAGAGUUCUUUUUGGAGGUGGACUGUUUCUAUAUGUAGUUUCAUUCUUAGGGCAAAAUGUAGGGUGUUGAUGUUACAUUUUGAUGAAGUAACAUUAGGGCAUUAUCUAUUUAUAAACAUAGAUUCUUUUUUCUGUAAGAUGAAAAGAGGAUUUGAGAAAUGAGAAUGAAUGAAUGUUUGUCAUUUUGAUAA